UGCCGGAGGCCAAAGACUCUCGUCGCGAGGGUAGUAGACGCGCCGCGUUUUCCGCCGGACCUCUUCGCUCAACUCGGCUCUACUUACUCGUGUCCUCUCCUCCACCUUCUCCCUCGCCUCCCCGUGUCCCACGCCAGCAUCACCGCCCCCGCGCCGGCUCUCGCGUCCACCGACCGACAUCUACGCCGGCUUAGACUGGCCGCGCGCCGCGUAUGCACCGCGUGCACUCCCAGCAUCGCCGUCGACACCGCGACACGCUGCUCGUCCUCGUCGUCGGCCACCAGGUACCAGCGCCGCGCGUCGUGCACGUCGCCGCCGACGACGACGGCGACGACGACGACGACGACGAGAACGACAGCGAGGGUGACGACGACGCGAUCCUACGACACCGUAGACCGAGUGGUCCAGGGUGACGGCUGAAGCAGCGCUCACGAAUCUGCCCCUCGUCGUCGUCUUCCUUCUUCUCCUCGCGGGUACCAGGCGGCGAGAGCUCGAAUUCGGCCCACAGGAUCGAAGGAUGCUGGCCCGCUGCCUAAUCUUCGCAGGUGCAGCUGCUGUAGUAACGUCCGCGGGCGGGCACGGCUUCGACGCGCACUUACGCGGGCCCAGCUUCGUGCUGGAGCCGCCGUCGAGGAUCGAGUUCUCGAAUUCCAGCGGCGCCUGGUUGGACUGCACGGCCUCCGGAAGUCCGCCACCCAAUAUCGACUGGUCCACCGCGGACGGGCAUCCGGUGAGCGAUGUGUCGGGUGUGCGGAGGGUCCUCAGAAACGGCACCCUGGUGCUCUUGCCGUUUCCGGCCGCGGCCUAUCGGCAGGACGUGCAUAGCGCCGCGUACAGGUGCGUCGCCAGCAACUCCGUCGGCAGGGUGCUCAGCCGCGACGUGCAGGUCCGAGCAGUGGUGGCUCAGGCAUACAAAGUCGACGUGGAGGUGACGGGAGGCGCGUCGAGGGGAUGCACGGCGAUAUUGCGCUGCAUCAUACCCAGCUACGUGAAAGAUUUGGUGCGCGUCGUGGCCUGGCUGCACGAGCCCUCGUCCCACAUAUAUCCUUCGCUGCAAGGAGACGGCAAGUUCCACCUGCUUCCCACGGGAGAGCUUCUGGUGCACAGCCUCGAGUUCAACGACCAGCUGAACGGCUACAAAUGCCGCACGAUGCACCGUCUCACGAGACAAGUGGUCGUUAGCUCCGCGGCCAACAUUAGGAUAGCAGAUCACAGAGGCGUAAUGCCUCCCGUGAUACUCGAAAAUUCCGGCGUCGUUCACGUCGCCCAGGACGAAUCGACGUCGUUAGUCUGCGUGGCGCAAGCCUGCCCUUCGCCUGAAUAUCGGUGGUACGCACAAACCGGUGCGGAACCGAUGCUGGUACUCUCCGGGCCCCGAACCCGUCUGCUCGGCUCGGUAUUGGCUAUCGAGGCGGUGACGUUAGAAGACAGCGGGGUUUACCGUUGCUCCGCUUCCAAUCCUGGUGGCGAGGCGAGCGCUGAGAUCAGGUUAAUCGUGACGGCGCCUCUUCACGUGGAAGUGACGCCUCCGUUGCUAAGCGUUCACCUGGGCGGCAACGCCGAGUUCAGAUGCGAGGUCGGCACGCAUCCGCAAGCCGGGCCGCACUUUAUCACGUGGUACAAGGACGGUCGGCAACUUCCAGGGACAGGGAGGCAAUCGGAAUUGUUAAGGCUCAACGGGAUCGGCCGGGAGGAUCGCGGCAUGUAUCAGUGCAUUGUACGACGGUCGGAGGGCGAUACAGCUCAAGCGUCGGCGGAACUUCAACUGGGUGACGCUCCGCCCGUGCUGCUAUACUCGUUCAUCGAGCAGACGCUCCAGCCAGGACCAGCCGUGUCCUUAAAAUGUUCCGCCGCGGGAAACCCUACACCUCAGGUAUCGUGGGCGCUGGACGGUUUUCCCUUACCGACUAAUGGAAGAUUCGUCAUCGGCCAGUACGUGACGGUGCACGGCGACGUGAUAUCUCACGUCAACAUAAGCCACGUGAUGGUGGAGGACGGAGGCGAAUACUCCUGCACCGCGGAAAAUCGCGCGGGAAAGGUGACACAUGCUGCGCGGCUGAAUGUUUACGGACUGCCGUACAUACGUCUCAUCCCGAAAGUGACCGCGGUCGCCGGCGAAACUUUGCGUUUGAAGUGUCCGGUGGCCGGAUAUCCGAUUGAUGAGAUCAAGUGGGAGCGGGCGAAUCGCGAAUUACCGGACGACCUGCGGCAGAAGGUGCUGUUGGACGGCACUCUGAUGAUCAGCAGCGUGCAGAAGAAGGGCGACGCCGGCGUGUACACCUGCUGGGCGCGAAACAAGCAAGGCCACAGCGCCAGGCGCUCCGGCGACGUCGCCGUGAUCGUUCCUCCCAAAAUUAGCCCGUUCACGGCAGAUCGCGACCUGCACCUCGGCGAGCGCACCACCCUGACGUGCUCGGUGACCAGGGGCGAUUUGCCGCUGUCCAUCACGUGGCUCAAGGACGGACGCUCGAUGGGGCCGUCGGAGCGCGUGACUGUCACCAAUAUGGACCAGUACAAUAGCAUACUGAUGAUUGAAAGUUUAUCUCCAGAUCACAACGGCAACUACUCGUGCGUGGCCCGUAACGUGGCCGCAGAGGUAUCGCACACGCAGCGGCUUGUGGUUCAUGUACCCCCUAUUAUUGAGCCAUUUACGUUCCAAGAGGGACUAUCCGAGGGGAUGCGGACGCGGACGGUGUGCGGGGUCGCGGCGGGGGACCCACCCCUAACCAUAUCCUGGCUGAAAGACGGCCAAAGUCCUUUUCCCCUGCCACCGAAUCUCGCCUCCGUCGCAAACGUCUCCCAACUGGAUCCUUACUCGAGCCUCCUCAGUAUAACGAACCUCGCGGCCGAGCACUCCGGCGACUAUACCUGCGUCGCCGCGAACCCCGCCGCCGAGGUCAGGUACACGGCCAAGCUACAGGUAAAAGUGCCGCCCAGGUGGAUUGUCGAACCGACCGACGUGAGCGUCGAGAGGAAUCGCCACGUCUCGCUGCACUGCCAGGCGCAGGGGGUCCCGACGCCGACGAUUGUGUGGAAAAAGGCCACCGGAAGCAAAGCCGGUGAUUACGAGGAGUUGCGCGAGCGAACGUAUACGAAAAUCCUCAGCAACGGCACGCUGCUGCUGCAACACGUGAAAGAGGACAGGGAAGGCUUCUACCUGUGCCACGCGAGUAACGGCAUAGGAAGCGGUUUGGGCAAGGUCGUGCAAUUGAAAGUCAAUUCGUCUCCGUAUUUCGCGGCGCCGUCGCGGCUUGUAACCGUAAAGAAGGGGGACACGGCGACGUUACACUGCGAGGUGCACGGCGAUAAGCCGGUUACCGUCACCUGGCUGAAAGGCGGCAAAACCGAGCUGAAUCCCUCGACGAAUUACCGCGUGGCAGUGAAGCAGGAGGUGACGCCGGACGGUGUCAUCGCGCAAUUGCAAAUCUCAUCGGCGGAGGCCACGGACAACGGCGCAUACUUCUGCCAAGCGAGCAACGUUUACGGCCGCGAUCAGCAGCUGGUGCAACUCCUCGUGCAAGAGCCGCCACAACCACCGAAUGCCCUAGAAACUGCCAUGGUGGCGAGUCGAAGCAUUAACGUUAAGUGGCAGCAUAAAGCACAGGACACCAGCGAGGUCAGCAAAUAUAUUCUUCAAUAUAAAGAGGGCGAAGGUGGAAUGUGGCAACAGCAGGAAUUCACGGGGCCACCCCUGCCGUACGCGGCGUUAAUUGACGACUUGAAACCCGCUACGAGGUACACCAUACGCGUGAUAGCAGAAGGACCGGCUGGUCGGUCAGUCCCUUCGGCGGAACUCAUCGUCAGGACAGAACCGCAGAGACCAGCUGGUCCGCCAAUGAAUCUCGCAGCCAGAGCGCUCUCCUCGUCCGAGAUUCUCGUCACUUGGUCACCGCCAUUGCCGGAACUCCGUCACGGUGACAUACAGGGCUUCAACGUCGGCUACAGAGAAACGAGCCUGAACAAUCCGUCGUACAACUUUAGUUCCGUGUCAGGCGACGGAGAGGAAGGCGGCGGCGAGCUUCGACUGACAGGUCUCAGACCUUAUACUAGGUACACCCUGGUCGUUCAAGCGUACAACCAAGUCGGACCAGGACCUCUGUGCGAGCCGUUGCUCACACAGACCUUGGAAGACGUGCCCAGCAUGCCACCGGACGACGUGAGAUGCGCGGCUCUCACCUCUCAGUCCCUGCAAGUGUCCUGGCAGCCGCCGCCUAACACGCACAGCAACGGCAUCGUCCAGGGCUACAAACUGAAUUAUGAGCCAAUCUUAGCGGACGCGUGGCGCGGGGUGGACGAGAUGGAGGUACGCAAGACAAGUGCUUUGACGACCGUUCUAACUGGGCUCAGGCGGUACACAAAUUACACCAUUCAAGUGCUGGCUUACACCAGAGUCGGAGACGGUGUGCCCUCCACGACGAUUUACUGCCAAACGGAGGAAGACGCGCCGGGAAGUCCGGCCGAUAUUAAAGUCGCCGUGAGCUCGCCGCAGGCUCUCUUCAUCUCGUGGCUGCCGCCACUCGAGCCAAACGGAGUUAUCACGAAAUACAACCUUUACACAAGAGUCAUGGACGGUCGAGAGGAGCUGAAUCACGGCAAGAAGUCUUUGCCGGCGACAAGCACGUACUUCGAGGCGACCGACUUACAGCAACACGUGGAGUACCAGUUCUGGGUGACCGGAAGCACUCGCGUUGGCGAGGGUCAGAGCUCGAAGGUGGCCGCUCAAGUGCCGACGAAUCGAGUGCCGGCGAGAAUCACAUCCUUCGGCGGGCACGUGGUGCGUCCGUGGCGGGGUUCAGUGACUCUGGCGUGCAACGCGGUCGGCGAUCCCACGAGGGAAUGGUACAAGGGUACCACUGAGCCGAUACGCACGGAUUCAGCCAGAAACCUGCAGAUCCUGCAGACCGGAGAGCUCGUGCUGUCGAACUUGCAGUCGCAGGACAGUGGCAAUUACACCUGCCAGGUGGAAAACUCGCAGGGCAGCGACAAGCUGCACUACACUCUGACGGUGCAAGUGCCGCCUAGCGCGCCGGUGUUGUACGUAACCAGUUCCACGUCGAGCAGCGUGUUAUUGCACUGGAAAUCCGAGCAUAACGGCGGUGCGCCGCUGACAGGCUACACAUUGUAUUAUCGGACUACUCACGGCACUCUCGAUGAGUUACAGUUAUCCCGCCACGCUACCAGCCACGAACUUAAGGGUCUGCUAUGCGGUAACACGUAUCAGUUGUACCUAACGUCGCACAACAAGAUCGGCAGCAGUCCGUCGUCGCCGGUGCUUUCCGUUCGGACUCAGGGCCAAGCCCCAGGAAUUCCACCCGCGACUGCCUUCCUCAGCCCGAACUCCACCACGCUGGUGUUGCGACUGCACGUGUGGCCCGAUAACGGGUGCCCCAUCAAGUACUUCGUCAUUCAGUAUAGGCCGGCGAACGAGUUCCACUGGACUCUGGUGUCGAACAGCGCCAAGAUGCAGCGGCGAUUCGUAGUGACGAAUCUGACGCCCAGCUCAGUCUAUCAGCUGAAAGUCGAGGCUCACAACGUAGCCGGCAGCAAUCAUGCGGAACUCACAUUCGUGACGUUGACGAAAGAAGGUGAACUACCGCCUCCAGGACUCUCGAAGCGCGGCAUAACGGCGGUUAUGCCGUUUUACUCAGACGUGAAGGUGAUCUUGCCGUUGAUCGUGGCUACCGUCGCGUUGGUCGCCGCGGCGGUGAUCGUCGCCUUUCGUUGGAGGAACAGAUACUUGGGGGAUCGAGUACAACGGCCGAUGAAGGAGUCGCAGGAGAACCAACAGAACGCCGAGACGCAGCGAGAGCGUUACUACGCCACGAUACACAAGGUGGCCCUGCAACAGACGGCGAAUACGGGUGGCGGGCCCGACAAGAUUCCAGGUGAACCUUUGUUACGAUACGGACAAGCAUCAGAGACAGCGGAGGACAUUUCGCCGUACGCUACGUUCCAGCUUUCGGAGGGUGGCGGGGGAAGCCUGGCAGGGUUGGGCGCAUUGGGAGGACUGGGAGGCGCGGCGGAGGCAUCAGCGGCCGGUCUACAUCCGAACAACACUCUUCUACACAGCUUCAUGUAUCACGAGCACGCCAUGACCGAAGGAUGCGCGAGUCCCCCACCGGCGGCGACGAGCAUGAAGAGCGUCUCGUCGAGAAGGCGACAGCAGAGAAAGCAGCAAACCCCGGGCGAUGUCGAGAGCGACGAGAGCGAAUCUGACCCGGACCAACUGAUCAGCUCCCGCACGGAGUCGUCGAAUCAACUGGACGCUGGCAAAUUAAAACAUAUUCGCGCAGUCUCGGACUUUAUCUAUCACGGCACGUCGAGCACCUCUUCGGACAUUUCACCCAUGUCGGAGCAGAAGUCGCUGCCGCGAAGGGGGCGGUCCAGAUGGCAUGUUCCCAGCAGGAGCUCUCUACGCACGCUACUGCCGCCAAUCUCGGUCGCGGAGACCGCGUUCGUCGGCGGCAAUCAGGGGACCGUGGUGCCCACGCCGGGCAACGGCGAUCGGCCGGAGCUCAGCGAGGCCGAGUGCGACAUCGACUCCCUGAAGAAACUGAAACUGGGUCUGAGGAGCUCCCUGUGGUCGCGACCGAGCACUCAGAAUAAUCCCUCCUCGGAUUACUCCAUCGCCGUUUAAUCUGCCCUCCCCCAUCCAUCCAGCUCCUUUUUCCCGCCCUGUCUCUCUGUCCCACGCGACAUCACUCUUCCACGGUAUAUAGCUCUCAUCCCCCUCGCAAUCCUACGGGCCAAAGAUUAGGUAAAAUUGAUCUUACCCUUCGUGUCUCGUCGAGGAUUCCCUCAUGGCCGCGUAGGGCCACUCGACUGCCACGGCCACGUCUCUGUCGACGAUAGGUAAAUUUUACGUUCUACUUGUUCACGACGACCGAUAGGGAGAGACGUGAGUAGACAAAAUCGAGGGGAAAGUCGAGACAACGAGGGUGGAUGCGCGAAUAACGAAGGACAACGUCGAGCUGAUAGAAAGAUAACUGGUCGCUUGAGUUACACCAAGCUUGUCACCGUGCGAGACUUCUUUCGACUCUUAGGAUCUUUAGACGGAGACGCGGCCUUCGUUCACAGCUCACCGAUCUUGCCUCGUUGUCCUCCUAACGAGUGAGCGCGUCACCUCGUUAAUCGAUAUCGAAAGAGCUAGUCGAAAGUAUCUAAAAGCGUGUUGCGUCUGUCUCCUCUUCCUUGCUGCGUGACGCGACGCGUCGCGAGAUGAUACACGUGCGUGGAGUGCGUGAGUGCGUGAGUGUGAGUCCCGAGCGAGUGCGUGGAUGAUGGUCGAAUCGCGCGUGCGAAUGCGUGCCAAAACGACAAUUUGCUCAGACCUGCUGCGAGUCGUUCGCCGGCGGGCGAUCCAUUCGAGACCAAAGACUUAAUCAUACGAACAGAGCACGGGAGAGUCCCUCGCGAAUGACGAAUUAAACGGAUGGCAUGCUGCAUCCGCGCGACCCUGCGAGCUGUCGUUCCUCCCCGAGGGAGAAAUUCUCCUUUGCACCUUUGUUUCUCGUUACACUUCUAUGACCAUAUUUACUCGUAACUUCACGACAAUAUUUUUCCGAUUGGUACAGUCCCAAUCGUGUAAAUCAGUUGGAGUUUCAAGUGAGAUUCUAGGAGACAUUAGUCGUCGGGAGUAUCGUGUUCCUGACGCUCGCAAGAAUCUGUUCUGCGCGGUUAUAUGCUGGAAAAAUUAUCCGACAUUAUUUCUGUCGCGUUGUCUUUUACUUUUCUUCGCAGACGUUUGCUCUCUCCCGGGGAAAGGAAAAGAACUUGAUCUCCCUUCUAUUUCACUUAAGAGUGAAUAUAACGAAGCGGGGGAGAAGCUCUCGCCACCUUCGUGAAUACCAUGUUCGUCUGUGUUCGGAUUGUGCAAGUGUGCUAUUAGGAUCGGGACGAGAUAACGCGGGAACGGACCGGAAGGGAGAAGGAAAAUUACAGACUUCGUCUCUGUCGUUGACAUGGUUGGGCUCUGUUGCGUUGUAAAGUUUAUAUACGUACGAAUAGCACCGUUGAUUACUUUAAGCCCGUUAUUAAUCCUAAGACUUCUAUGUAGAGCGUUUUCCGUGCGCAGAGCGAGACGAUCGAGAAGGAGAGUCGAGCGCGAAGCUACUCUUCCCGCUCUGUAAAUUUAAAAGGAGAAUCGACUCUGUGGUCUCUCCCUUCUGUCUCUCCUUCUCUCUCCCUCUCUCUCUCUCUCUCUCUCUCUCUCUCUCUCUCUCUCUCUCUCUCUCACUCUCUUCUUCAAUCUCUCUUCUAAUGUCGCGCACUUCGACACUUCGUGAACCGACACGACCAAUCACACUGCUGUAAUACGAUAAGUCGUGCGUGCCAGCGGGGCUCAGACUCUUCAGACUGAAAAAUCGAAAGUACCGUAAAAAUCGCCAAUAGAAUUAAUCGAGAACGCGCGUAUCCUACUGCGCCGCGGAGCUUCCAAUAACUUCCACUGCCAUACCGCGAGCUAAUCACGACUACUUACUGCCGUACACGGGAACAGGGGUGCUCAUAGGCGGUGUCGCUUUAAGCACCCCCGAACGAGGAAUGAAAGGGAAGAACAGAGAACGCGAAAAAGGAAGGCGCAGAAGUCGUUUUUGUAACUUUUACUGUUCGCGAAAUGACGCGAGUUUCUGGGCGCAACCGUUCGACACCCUUUUUUCUCUGCCGCGGACAGGCGCGGCUGUGAGACUCUAAAUAGUUAAGUACGCUACAUGAUGUUUUAUAUAUCCGGACCUGCGAUUGUGCGCACGAGUACUUCCACUUUUCCGGUUUAUUCGUGGUGCGAACGGAGACCGUGCCGAAGAAACUCGGAAGAGGAAGUUCAUUAGUCGCGCGAUAACGUCGAGCGCGAAGAUGUCGCGAGGCGACGACGACGACGACGACUACGAUGAAAAUCGAGACGAGCCGUGUGCGCGACACUACGAAGACGAGGCCGUAGGUAUACCCGUACGUGAAUAUACAUAUAUUUGAGUACACGGGCAUCAACAAGCGCGUGCAUACAGCGGAUGUACGACGCAUACGUUAAUGUACAUAAGGGAAGCACGUCAAUCAAACUCGUAGUGUUCGAUUCAUUUGAUGGAGCGACCAGCCCUCUCCCAUUCGGCGAAGAAGCGGGGGGAGGGGGACGGCGGUGACGGCGUGCGCGAAGUGCGAUUCGUCAUGCACCGAAAGAGAAAGGUACUUGAGCAUUUACAACGGACUAUGAAGUUUAUUCGUCGAGAUAAACCUUAUUUCGCAGAAGUGAACCUGGUUUUACGGAAAUGGAGCCUGCCCCGUAUUCUGAACUCUCCUUUAUCGCCGCAGGCGCCUCCAAAAGUGGCUCAUAUGCCUCGGAUUGGCUAUGAACCGUUUUUGGAGACGCACUUAGCUGUGAAAGAAAGCUCGGGGUGUGGGCCGUUGCACUCCACAAACAAAUUUUCGGGUGUUCUCUUCUCAGUGCGGCGCAUUUUUGCCGGACACUUCUCGUCGACGCGCGAUUUUUCUAUACUUUUCUCUCCUGUCGUUUCUCUUGCGUCACGGGCCGACCGAGUUCUGUCAGUCUCUCGUCGUGACCUUUCCCAGCGGGACCAGUUGCUCUUUGUUGCCGGUGAUAAUCAUAAUCGCGAGAGUGGACAAUGGACAAAAUUGUUGCCAACGGCACGUGCCCGGCACGACCUCUCGGGCGACCGAUCAACGAAUUUUUUACACAUCAUAUAGAACACACACACCGCGCGAAUCUUUCACGAGAGCAAACCGGAUUAAGCGACGCACCACCUGCCGUUUAUCCGAGCCGUCCACUCGAGACUACACGUCGAUCUCUCGUCGACGUGGCCUUUUCAUCCUGUUUUUUACAUCGGAUUUACGUUAAACCGCGAAUCGUUACACGGUCCUCGAGGGAUGAUGCGGUGACAUAACUCGGUGCAUCCUCUCGUCACCCCCUAUGAUAAUCCCGAGAUGAUCCGCGCAGCGCUUCGAGAACGUCGCGCUUCGAUUGUCGCGUCGAUACGCGUCGGUGAGUGAGCAAAUCAAACGGACAAAUUGUUAUUGUAACUGCGUUUAACGUCGUUGUAAGGAGAUGAGGAAGAAGAAGAAGCGCAGCGAGUGCACCGCGAAAGAAGGGUUCAGUCGUGGCGCGAGAUCGCGCGAGAAGUCACACCGAGCGAGCUCCGCGAUGAUCGAGCUGCUGCUGCUGCUGCUGCUGCUGCUGCUGCUGCUACCCGCGACUUUCCUCCUCUCCGUUCCCCCGCGAGCGUGGAGGAGAGGUGUUGUACGAUUAAACGAAUUGUGCGAUUGAAUUUAAACUGUAUUAAAUCUGUGGUACGGCGUUUCGAUGCAUUGUGUCGAUCGUAGAAUCGAUUAAAUAAAUUGAUAUCGUGUAAGGUAA